AAUCUUAUCUAUUUAACAAAAUUCGAUGGUUCGAACUGAUUUCUUUCCAAUAUUGACAGACUCGUUAAAGAUGGCAAACCUGCUGGUAUUAACAAUAUACAUCAAUGUGAUUUCAAGGGUCUGUUUUGGUGAAAUAAAUACCCAAAAAUUUCCUGACGGAUUUUCAUUCGGAGCAGCAACGGCUGCGUAUCAAAUCGAAGGGGCUUGGAAUACAUCAGGGAAGGGCGAAAGUAUAUGGGAUCAUUUCGUCCACACGAAUUCCUCCAGAAUCGUUGACGGAUCAAACGCUGACAUCGCUUGUGAUUCGUUUCAUAAAUAUAAAGAAGAUAUUGCUCUGGCCGCGGAUAUGGGUUUGACCCAUUACAGGUUUUCGGUUUCUUGGACAAGAAUUUUACCCAAUGGGUACAACAAUAUCAAAAAUAUCGAUGGUAUCAUGUAUUAUCAAAAUGUUGUUAAAGAAAUCGAAAAACGCAACAUGACUCCAAUGGUAACAAUCUACCAUUGGGAUUUACCGGAAACCAUUCAAGACAUCGGUGGAUGGGUGAACCCCAAAAUUGUUGAUUACUUUCGAGAUUACGCGGAAAUAGUAUUCGAAAGUCUGCCAACUGUGAAACUCUGGAUAACCAUCAACGAACCGAAACAAGUUUGUCAAGGUGGGUACGGUAAAGGUAGUAUGGCACCUGGAUACACGGAAAGUGGUGUAUCUGAUUAUCUUUGUUCCUAUCAUGUCAUUAAAGCACAUGCCGCAGCUUACAAUUUGUAUCAAGAAAAAUUCAAAAAUCUAGGAGGAAAAAUUACAAUGGCGAUUGAUGGUGUUUGGAGUAUACCUUAUUCCGAUGAAGAAGAACACAAAGAAGCGGCAUCGAGAAAACUUGCUUUUGAGUUUGGUUUAUAUGCCCACCCGAUAUUCUUUGGAGAUUGGCCUGAAGUAGUGAAACAAAGAGUGGCGGAAAGAAGCUCAAACGAAUCCUUCACGAACUCACGUUUACCAGCUUUUACCGAAGACGAUAUAAGCCAGAUUAAUGGAACUGCGGAUUACGUAGCAUUCAAUUUUUACGAUACAAAACUAAUUAAAAACGUUGAGGAGGCAGAUUUCGAUAGCGUUUCCUACGAUAACGAUUUGAGAACAAGCGCUGAAAACGAUCCAAAAUGGAAAACAUCUGUUGAUGGAACCACUUCGAUUUAUCCAAACGGUUUAUGUGAAUAUUUAAAUUGGAUUAAAAAUAACUACAACAAUCCAGAUAUUUAUAUUACAGAAAAUGGUGUAGCCGACGAUGGCAGUACUUUAGACGAUAAAGAAAGAAUAAAUUAUUUAACUGAUUACUUAACAGCCGUACUGGACGCCAUUUAUAAAUAUGAAGUAAAGGUCAAGGCGUACACCAUGUGGAGUCUUUUAGAUAACUUUGAAUGGAGGAAAGGAUACAGUGUUCACAUGGGAUUUUUUUCGGUCGAUUUCGAGGAUCCUGAAAGAAAGAGAACGCCCAAAAAGUCUGUCAAAUUCUUCCGAGAAUUAAUAGAAAAGGGAAGAAUCCCAUACAUACCACAUACUAUCCCUGAACCUAGCUCAACCACUCCAAGCUCUACAACUGAACAUCAUAACAGUGGUAGCCAACAUUUUAUAGACGCCUUUUUUAUAAUUGUACCUGUAAUAUUUUAUUUUUCUAUUUAGUUACAAACACCUGAAGUUCAACAUUUGUUUUGUCAUUUUUAUCAAAUAAAUUUGUUUUCAUUUCUGA